CGCUUGCUGCAGCUCCUCCGCCCCGGAUGACAGAGCUGUCCGCGGCGCGCGCGUCCUUCCGGUUUUGGGAUGGAUUUCCUUGGUGCAGUGUUUUUAUUUCUUUUAACGUACUGAUUGUGUUUCAGCGACCUCGAGGUCGAUGGAUUUUACUUUGACUUGAUGCUUUACUUCGCUUCGAUCUGGCCAUGUCAUUCAAAACCGCCGGCAGUAUAUCUAAAGUGCUAGCAAACCCAGCUGAACUGAUGAAGUGAAGCGGUUUCCGGUUGCCAUGGAGACGGAAAGUGAGCAUCAUGGGAUGUUUGUGGAUCCGGACUUUCCUGCUGAUGAGUCCUCACUCUUCUGUGACUACACCACGCCCCUCUCCAAAUUGUUGGGUGAUGUCACAUGGCUCCGCCCACAGGAGAUCUGCAAGCAGCCUCAGCUCUUCCCUGAUGACCCUGUGGAGGCCCACCCAAAGCAAGGCAUCCUGGGAGACUGCUGGUUGCUUUGUGCCUGCUCCAUGUUACUCAAGAACCAGCAUCUUCUGAACAAGGUAUUUCCACCAGAGCAGCCUUUGUGGGGUGACCGUGUUUACCACGGUGAGUUCCGUGUCCAGUUCUGGCAGAAUGGGCGCUGGAUAGAGGUACGGGUGGAUGACCAACUGCCCUGCAUCAAUGACAAUCUCUGCUUUUCACGAUGCCAGAGCCCCAGGGCAUUCUGGGUAGCACUUUUGGAGAAAGCUUAUGCCAAGUUACAUGGUUCAUACGAGCGUUUGUGGGCAGGGCAAGUAUGUGAGGCAGUUGUGGACUUGAGCGGAACCAUAGCAGUACGAUGGAGUCUUAAAGGGGCAGAGUCUCAAAAACAACAGCCCAACGAGUCCCAGACUCAACACACACCUCACGGGAUGAGACUAUCUGAACUCUCACUUCAGCUGAAGGAGCGAUGUGCCAUCAGCUGCUGUGUCCACAGCGCCCCCACAGGUAUCCCAGAGCUUGGUCAGUUCCAUGCCAUGAGUGUGAUGGAGUGGACAAAUGUGACAACCACUACAGGUGAACAAGUGGAGCUGGUCAGGAUACAAAACCCCUGGGGCAGGAGGAGCUGGACCGGGGUCUGGAGAGAGAGUGGAUCAGGUUGGGCUUCUCUGGAGCUCUCCAGUUCUCAGGCUCUACUGGGCCGCACGGCAGAGGGGGAAUUCUGGAUGGACGAGACAGAAUUCCAGCAGGAAUUUGAUGAGGUCACAGUAGGCUAUCCCCUCAGUGAUACAGGACACCUCCAAAGCAUCUACACAGGAAGCUAUCUAAGCCACAGCCACCAAAUUGGAGGUCGCUGGGUCAAAGGUCACUCUGCGGGCGGUUGCCGUAACAAUAACACUUUUAGUAUCAACCCUAAGUUCUGGUUAAAAGUGUGUGAGAGAGGGGAAGUGUUGCUGUCAUUGCUGCAGCACGGACAUCCAGAGCCACCAGCAGAGGGCAGCACUCAGCAGCACUCUCACCUCCAGGCCAUUGCACUGCAUGUGUGGAAGGUGGAGAAGAAACACUUUAACCUGAUGCGCACGCUGAACAAGCCACCGCUUGUGUCGCACACGCAUGCAUACAAUCGGGAAGUGGUAGUGCACACUCACCUGAAUCCAGGUUUUUACCUGUUGGUGCCUAGUACCUUCCUGCAGGGAGCGGAGGGCCGGUUCCUUCUGAGAGUUCAUUCUUCCUGCUCUACCUCUCUCAGUGUGAUGAAAUCCCCUCCUCCUCUUCAGCACUGUUCAGAGGGCGAGUGGGAAAGCGUCAGCUCUCAUGGCUGUUGGUCCGUUGGUUCUACUGCAGGAGGAAGUCGCAACUUCACCACACAUGGACUCAACCCCCGUAUACCCUUUACUGUGACCUAUGACCCUGGAGGUAGCAACGUAAAGGUCACAUUAUGCCAAAACAGACCUGAAAAUUCCCUUCAUGCCAUCGGUUUUCAUAUUUAUAAGGUACCGGAUGGUGACUCUCUUUUAAGCCCUGGUGCCAUGUCUCCAGUGGUUAGUUGUGUACCUCAUGCCCACUCUCAGGAGGUCAGUGUGUUUUGCCAUCUACAGCCGGGCAAGUACGUCAUAAUUCCCUCCACCUACCAGCCGGAACUCAGUGCUCACUUCACUCUCACUUUUACAUGCAGGAUAAAUCGGAAAGCAGUGCAGAGUCAAGAGCGUCUGGGCCAUGCUGUUCAGGAGGUCUCCUGUAUCUCUGUGAUGAGACGAUAGGAAGUGGAUCACAUGCCCACGUUGAGAUGAAAGUCUUGCCCUCCAUCCCAUCCCCCCUAAUGGGAGCCAUCGGUUCAAUUCACUUACCACAAACAGCUACCAAAACCCACCAGCGGUGGAUAAAUCAUGGUAUAAACCAAGGGUGUCCAAAACCGGUCCUGGAGGUCCACUGUCCUGCAGAGUUUAGCUCCAAACCAAAUUAAACACAUCUGAACUAGCUCAAGGUCUUACUAGGCAUGCUAGAAACUACCAGGCAGAUGUGUUGAAGCAAGGAGAAGCUGAACUCUGCAGGGACUGAGUUUGGACUCCGCUGGUAUUUGUCACAAUGUCUGCCUACAACUGCCCUGUAAGAAACAUGUCAGAUCAAGUGUUACAUACUGUACUAUAUGUUUACUGAUGCCAGACUUAUUUAUUAUGAAUGAUUUAUUAUUAAUGUUUUUGUCCAAGUUGCAAAAAUAGUCAAAACUAAAAUAAUCAACUAAGAAGCAUCUUUCAUUUUUAAGUAUUUAAUUUACUAGAAUAUCAAAAACAGGCAUUACCACUUUUAUAUUCACACAGAUUUAUACUACAUCGUGAUAAAACAUCAUGACUUAAAUUUCUCACCAGAAAGAGAGAACAUUUCAAUAUGGAGAGAAAGAGAAAACAAGGGUGCAGAAGGAUAAAGAUGGGGGUAUUACUGGCCAAAAGAAGGGUAGACAGUGAUUGAAUAAGUGGGAGGGUCAGCGGCUCUACUGAAGCUCCAGCUCUCUCUGAAGUGUGCCGCAGAGUUGGAGCCCCUCACGCAGUCUCUGCCCCGUCGGCUUCUCUGUGAGUGCUAAUAGCCUGUGUAUGAGGGUCCACAGGCCUGUUAGUGCCGCACUAGUGACGAACUUGUAGCGUCACUGUCCACCCUGAUCCAGAGCCUGGUGCCGCCACACAAUGACUCGUUAUGUGAAGCAAUUACACUGCUGUGACCCUUUUCUCCCCAUGUGCAUGUCUGUUAUAUGUACAACAAUAUUCAUUCAAUUAUUUUAAAACUUUAA